CGCUCAUCCACCACAACCAACUCACAACACUCUCGCUACAAAACAAAACUCCUUCACAACCACACCCCAAACAGUCACCAUGAAGUUCUCUACCUCCGCACUCUUCGCUUCCACCAUGGCUCUCGCCAGCGCCACAAACAUCUUCUCGAUUAUUCCUCAGAGCCCUAACAGCCCUAUCGACAAGGGCGCUGUCGGCACGUACGAUAACGGACUUGCCAUCGGUCCUAAGCAAAAUGCUUCUUGCAGCGUUCCCGACAUCAACUACGCUAGCUUCUUCCUGAACGACGGCAACCUUUACCUCUACACCGACCUCCCUCCUCGCAGGGCCUACGUCGACCUCUCCGAGUUCGGCAACAGCCGCAUCCGUUUCUACAGCGGCGUCGCCCCAACCCCCGACGAGAACUUUGAGCUUGCCCAGUUCAUCGUCAAGGACGACGCCUUGUUCCUCGUCGACUACUCCGAGGCGGGCGUCCGCGCCCUCAACUUCCAGGGCUGUCCCCUCCACAACGGCGAAGGCUACAGCGUCAAUGUCAACAACCCCGAGUUCCCUGCCAGCCCCUCGUGCAUCCAGUUCACCGCCCAGGUUGCUUACACUGACAACCCCGUCAAGUGCCUCUACAACGACAUGACCUUGUAAAUAUUAAGUCACGCAACCGCGUACUGGAACAUAUGAUUAAUUACGAUAAAAAAACGUGAGGAACACACCUACUAUUUAGAUGGAAAAAUAAUAUUAGUAUAAUGUCAAGUUCAAUAAAUCAAACGUGCUCGCCGCACAUGCUCUUA